GAUGAUUUUUUAGUCAAAUUUUUAGUCAAAUGUAUUCAUGUCCGAAGAUGAAGAACAUAAUGUCAUUGUACUGAAGAAUGUGAUGGAACUUCAAUCCCUCGUAUAGGACGUGAGUCCACUUAACUAGCACUUACCGAGACAAGCUGGGCCUGUUGGGUGGUAUUAAAAGUCCCGGUCCUCCGUGUUACCAAGGAGGCCAGCGCUGCCUCAGGGGCCAAGAUGGUCUCAGCGCUCCACCCUGAGGAGCUCGCACCCAUCCAGCAGGCAAUCGCCCUUGGGGUCACUGCAGUGAUUCUACACGGUGGACCCUCAUGCUCGGGGCUGAGGCCUCGGAAUAAAUGAGCUCCGGAGUUCUCUUCCUAAGGUUACCUGGAUCGGUUUCUUCUCAGAGUCGCCUCCUGCUGGAGCUGAGAACGCACUAACUAAUCCUCAGGACUGGGGACCCAGCAUUGGCUGAUUACGCAUGCGCACUCCUAGGCCAAGUGGUCACUCCCAGAAGUCUCCGAGGUUCGGUCCGUGGGCGGCGCGCGCAGUCCAGUUGGUCACUGCCGUUAUUUCUUGUAGGUUUUUAGGACUCUGGACUCCACUUCAUUCAUCGGUGCCUGCUGUCCGGACUGUUCUGGCUUGGACUACGUAUCCACAGACGACUGAGAAAACUUGAACUCUUGGCUCCAGUUCCGGGGCCUCUGCCUCUGCGCUGCGCAUGACCUGGUUCCACCUGAGGAAGAAGGCGGCGCGGGUCGAUGCGGGUGCCUCUUCAUCUCCAGCCCGCAGCCCGCGUGGGAUCCUGCGUAGCGGUGAGAGUGGGGCUGCAGAAGGCGCUCAGAGCGCGGAGGCCCUGGGCGUGGGCCGGGCUAGCCUUCCGCCUCCUCAGGCCUGGGAUGCUGGAGCUGCGGAGGAGGGUCUCAUCUCUAGGAGACAGGCGGGGAGCGUGAGAGACCGCGCAGCAGCGACGGGACCCGUGUGUCUGUGUGAUGUGGGUGCAGUUGUGGGAAUGUGAGGGGUACGUGGUCGACCUUGUGUGACCUAGACAUGUGGCGCUUAUCCUUUGCAAAGCGUGCGUUUCUGGGCUCUCUGGGGCCACUGACUCUUGGCUCCAGGUUCCCUGCUGCUUCCUGUGCCCUCCUCAGACUAGUACGACUGCAACAGAGAAAUGGUCCCAGUGGGAAAUCAGACACUGAGCCUUGGAUGAAGGUUUCCAGUGAGAAGAAAGAAGAAAAUUAAAGAAGUAAUAGAGAUAAGGCCGGGCGCGGUAGCUCACGCCUAUAAUCCCAGCACUUUGGGAGGCCGAGGCGGGUGGAUCACAAGGUCAAGAGAUCGAGACCACCCUGGUCAACAAAGAAUCUCUCUGACACCAGGCUGGAUUGCAGUGGUGCAAUCUCUGCUCACUGCAACCUCUGCUUCUCCAGUUCAAGCCAUUCUCCUGCCUUAGCCUCCUGAGUAGCUGGGACUACAGGCAACUUUGCUAGGCUUAGAAUGCUGAACACUCACCAUCUGUCUCCAAUAUCUGGACGAAUUUCACCCAAUUCCAAGACUAAAAAGAGGUUCUAGUAUGGAUGAUGUGCCCUGUUUUUACCAGUAAAGGUCUUGGUUCUUUGACUCUGCUCUUCUGGUAGAGAAACACUGAGGAUCGAUCAGCUCUUUCCAGUCUAAAACCAUGGCCUGUAGAUCGAUAACAUUCAGGGAUGUGGCCAUAGACUUCUCUCAUCAGGAGUGGGAAUACCUCAACCUGGUUCAGAAGACCUUGUAUCAGGAGGUGAUGAUGGAGAACUAUGAUAACUUAGUCUCACUGGCAGGACAUUCCAUAUCUAAGCCAGAUUUAAUCACCUUAUUGGAGCAAGGAAAAGAACCAUGGAUGAUUGUGAGGGAAGAAACAAGAGGAGAGUGUACAGAUUUGGAUUCAAGGCGUGAAAUAAUCAAUGAUAAGAAAAUGGACAUUUAUAGGAAAGACUCAUCUGUUACUCUCCAUCAGAGAAUUCAUAAUGGACAGAAACCAUAUGAGUGUAAGGAAUGCCAGAAGGCCUUUAGUCAUCUUACAGAACUCAUGGUACAUCAAAGAAUUCAUACUAGUGAGGAACAUGAUCAGCGUGAAGAGUUUGGGAAAGCAUUUAGCCAUCUUACAGACCUUAGAGAACAUCAGAAAAUUCAUGCUCGUGAGAAACCUUAUAAAUGUGAAGAAUGUGGGAAGGUCUUCAGUUAUCCUUCAAACCUUGCUCAACAUGGGAAAAUUCAUGUUGAGAAACCCUAUGAAUGUAAAGAGUGUGGGGAAGCUUUUAGGACUAGCCGUCAACUUACUGUGCAUCAUAGAUUUCAUUAUGGUGAGAAACCCUACGAAUGUAAGGAAUGUGGCAAGGCCUUUAGUGUGUAUGGCCGACUUAGUCGACAUCAGAGUAUUCACACUGGUGAGAAGCCCUUUGAAUGUAACAAAUGUGGAAAGUCCUUUAGGCUCAAAGCAGGCCUUAAAGUACAUCAGAGUAUUCAUACUGGAGAGAAGCCACAUGAAUGUAAAGAAUGUGGGAAGUCCUUUCGUCAGUUUUCCCACCUUGUGGGUCAUAAAAGAAUUCAUACUGGAGAAAAACCCUAUGAAUGCAAGGAAUGCCGGAAGGGCUUUACCUGUAGGUAUCAACUUACCAUGCAUCAGCGAAUUUAUUCUGGGGAGAAACCUUAUGAAUGUAAAGAAAAUGGGGAGGCUUUCAGUAGUAGCCAUCAAUUUGCUGCACCUCAUACAUUUGAAAGUAUUGAGAAACCUUAUAAGUGUGAGGAAUGUGGGAAGGCCUUUAGUGUGCCUGGACGACUUACUCGACAUCAGGGUAUUCAUAGUGGUAAGAAACCCUUUGAAUGUAACAAAUGCGGGAAGUCCUUUAGGCUCAAUUCAUCCCUUAAAAUACAUCAGAAUAUUCAUACCGGUGAGAAACCUUAUGAAUGUAAGGAAUGUGGAAAGGCCUUCAGUCAGCGUGCACAUCUUGCCCAUCAUAACAGAAUUCACACUGGUUACAAACCCUUUGAAUGUAAAGAAUGCGGGAAGUCCUUUCGUUGUGCCUCAUAUCUUGUUAUACAUGAGAGAAUUCAUACGGGUGAGAAACCCUAUGUAUGUCAAGAGUGUGGGAAGGGUUUUAGUUACAGUCAUAAACUUACUAUGCAUCGCAGAGUUCAUACUGGUGAGAAACCUUACGAAUGUAAGGAAUGUGGGAAGGCCUUUAGUGUAUCUGGACAACUUACUCAGCAUCUGAGUGUUCACAGUGGGAAGAAACCCUUUGAAUGUAACCAAUGCGGGAAGUCUUUUAGGUUCAUUUCAGUACUUAAAGCCCAUCAGAAUGUUCAUAGUGCUGAGAAACCCUAUGAAUGUAAGGAAUGUGGCAAGGCCUUUCGUCAUGCCACAAGCCUCAUAUAUCAUGACCGAACUCAUGCUGGUGAAAAGUCCUAUGAAUGUAAAGAAUGUGGGGAGACUUUCAGUCAUGCCUCACAUCUUAUUAUUCAUGAGAGAAUUCAUACCAGUGAUACACCUUAUGAAUGUAAAAGAUGUGGGAAGGCAUUUCGCUGUUCCUCUUAUCUUGUCAGACAUGAAAGGGUUCAUGCUGAUGGAAAUCCCUAUAUGUGUGAAGAGUGUGGGAAAGCUUUUAAUAGUAGCCAUGAACUUAGUAUACAUCAUAGAGUUCAUACUGGUGAGAAGCCCUUUAAAUGUAACAAAUGCAGAAGGUCGUUUAGGCUUAGAUCCAUCCUUGAAGUACAUCAGAGAAUUCAUAUUUGAUAGAGAAAAUUUGGCAUAUAUAAAGGUAGUAAAGAAAGCACUUUUUGUCAAUGGAUUUAUCUCACUGAAGAACAAUCUGAAUGAAGACAAUGGGGGAUGACUUUUAAAUACAGUUCAGUUUUUAUUAGGCAUCAAUUUGUACUGGUGUGAACUUUUCAAAAUGUAAAUAAUGUAUGCAGUUUCUUUGGUAUGACCUGUGUUAACUCAGAUUCAGAGAAUUUAUAAGGUAUAUUUUUAAUAACAUAAGAAACCUUUUUCUGAUAGUCCUCUGGUUUAGGAUUGCCAAAAUAUUCAUAGAGGAAAGUUGAGAGAACAUAGGAAACCAUUGUUCUUUAUACUUGUAUGUAAACAUUUUCCAGCAACAAACAUUUAUUGUUAAACCCAAGGAAAGCCAUUACACGGGAAACUUCUGUCGAUAUAAGCAAUGAUGGGAUAGGGUGUUUAGCCAUUCUGCAUAUUUAAUGUUCAUGAUUGACACCUGCUUCUUAUAGCUGGAAUGAUAUGGGGGAAGAUAUUUAUCCCUUCUGGGGAUCAUAUAUGAAUGGUGAUAGUACCUACAAUAUAGUGCUGUUAGAAUUACACGAGUUAGAUUUGGAGGUCAGAGUGAAAGCAGGUGUGAGAGGGUCCUGCAGAAGAAAACAUGGCUGCCAAAGUGUGUGAGUCCAUCAGCAAGUCUGCCCUGGCCUUAGCUGUUGCAGGAGGUGUGGCGAACUCUGACUUAUAUCAUGUGGAUGCUGGGUACAGAGUUGUCAUCUUCAACCGAUUCCCUGGAGUUCAGUCAUUGUGAUAGGGGAAAGGACUCACUUUCUCAUCCCAUGGGUACAGAAACCAAUUAUCUUUGACUGCCAUUCUCAGCCAUCACUGGUAGCAGAGAUUUACAGAAUGUCAACAUCACACUGCUCAUUCUCUUCCGGCCUGUCACUAGCCAGCUUCCUCGCAUCUUCACCAGCAUUGGAGAGGACUAUGAUGAGCUGUUGCUGCUGUCCAUUACCACUGAGAUCUUCAAGUCAGUGGUGGCUCGCUUUGAUGCUGGAGAACUAAUCACCCAGAGAGCUGGUCUCCACGCAGGUGAUCAACACCUUACAGAGUAAGCAGCCACCUUUGGGUGCAUGAGCUGAGAUGGCACCACUGCACUCCAGCCUGGGUGACAGAGGAAAACUCUGUCUCAAAAAUAAAACAAAAUGGGAAAGCACUGUGUAUUUAGUACAGUAUGUGUUGGGUACCAGCCCCAAUCCCACCAGUGGGUGCUCCGAACCCUGGAAGUGACAAGGGAUUGAGAAAGAAAAUAAAGACACAGAAAUAGAGCUUAAAGUGUGAGUUCAGGGGAACCAACGCACAGUGCAAGGACCACAUUGGCCCUGAGUUCUGGUUUCCACAGGUUUUUAUUAGGUGCACACACUCAUUAAUUGAGGUGUGAAAAGCAGGGGUAGGGGUGGUUAUUGGGGUAGGCCUUGAAACUAUUGUGGGGCAAGAUGGCCAGGGGGAGAAGCAUGCAUCAUUAGAAUACAGUGAAGCAGGUGGUUCUAAGAGAAGCUAAUCUAGUACUCCCAAGUUUUACCACUGAUCACUAUCAAUAUGUAGCUCCACGGGAACACAGUGGAUAAGGCAUCACCAGGUCCGACCACACACAAUGCAUCAAGGGGCUUUUAUCUCCCAAGCACUGUGAACAUAUGGCAACCAAGAUUACCCCAUAUUCUGAGAACAUAGGCAGAGCAGGAGAUGUUCCACUAUCUCCUACCGAAAGGCCUUUCUGCCUUGCCAGCUCCCACCUGCAAAGAUCCUCCUGGAUCUUGUGAGCAGAGGUUGCCGACUUUUCCUGGGUGCUUACACAAGCCCUCUUUACGAGACCCCUGUGCAGACCCCAUGUUGGAAAGCAGUUCAUGGGACCAAGUCAGUGUUUACCUGCCUUGCAACCAUACCACACAUGUGCCACGGUUAAUCGGGUGUUCUCAGAUGGUCUAACUUUAGGCUUCCAAUUACCGCUUUUGCUCGUGCUUUUACAAGCUACAAGCUGUUCUCUUUUGGUUGUGCUUUUCAUUCACUAUUGUUUAUUUCAGGGUAUAAACUUCAGUGUACUGUGACCUCUACAAGCUAAUAAGCAAAUCAAACUUAUAUUUGAAAUCAGAAAUAGUAGAGGCAGCAUAUGUCUGCCCCUGGUCAUCUGGGCCCACAGUAUGGUAUAGUAUACUACAGUAUAUGGGUGCCAAAAUAUACAUAAUCUGAAUCUAAUAAUUGGGAAUCAUUAGAAAAACUCAAUAUUUUACAAAACAAAUGGCCAUUGGGCCGGGCGCGGUGGCUCACACCUAUAAUCCCAGCACUUUGGGAGGCCGAGGCGGGUGAAUCACGAGGUCAAGAGAUUGAGACCAUCCUGGUCAAUAUGGUGAAACCCUGUCUCUACUAAAAGUACAAAAAAUUAGCUGGGCAUGGUGCUGCGCGCCUGUCAUCCCAGCUACUCGGGAGGCUGAGGCAGGAGAAUUGCCUGAACCCGGGAGGCGGAGGUUGCGGUAAGCCGAGAUCACGCCAUUGCACUCCAGCCUGGGUAACAAGAGCAACACACCAUCUCAAAAAAAAAAAAAAAAAAGACCAGUAUUUUCCAAAAAAGUCAUGUCAUAAACAACUAAAGAGACUAAGGAACUGCUCCAGAUGUAAGACUAAAUAUACUUAUAAACCAAACUCAAUCAGUGAUAAUACAAUGAAUUCUGGGCAAAGAAGAAAAGUGCUAUUCGAGAAUACUGCAGGUACAACUGGCAAAAUAUAUUAAUAAAGGACAUUGAUUAGAUUUUUCAAAUAAUAUUAUAUUUCCUGAUUUUAAUGACUAUGGUUAAGCAACUAAAUGUCCUUGAGCUUGGGAGAGACUCAAGUAAUUAGAUGUAAAAGGUAUGAUGUUUGUUCAUUAAAAAUAAAUAUGGACAUAGUAUGAUAAGGCACAUGUGGAAAAGCAUAAAUAAAAUGUGAAUCUCGAGGAAAGCUAUAGGAGAAUGAAAGUUCAAAAUAAAUAUGUUGUAUUGA